CAAGCUAAAACCUAAAAAGCAGUAACAGAGCACCAGAUGAUCAACUCUGUUCCAUCUUAUGUCUUGUUCCCAAACGCCAAAAAAUGGCCGAUAUAAUGAAUAAUUGAACUCUCAACUCGAAAACAGAGAAACAACUCUAGCUUUCCGGUUUACUUGAAAUGGAGAUAAACGAAGCUUGACUUGAGCUUCGUCCAUAUCAGGACUGAGUUAAAAACUUCAGAGAUGAGAAUAGGAGGAUUGAGUAAUCUGAUGGCUGGGGUUCUAAGAUUGACAGCAAUGAUUUUGUUUGGUUUUCUUGUUGUGAAUUCUGUUCUUGUUAUAGCAGAACCAAGUUCGAGACACGAAGCUUCGGGUCACAAUGAAACAGAAAAGAUUGAUUUUAUUAGGAGUGCUUGGAAACUUCUUGAGAAGAAAGCUCAACAACGAUAUGAGCAUGUCUGGCCGGACAUGAGAUUUGGCUGGAAAAUUGUUGUUGGCACAAUAAUUGGAUUCUUUGGAGCAGCAUUUGGAAGUGUUGGAGGAGUAGGUGGGGGUGGCAUUUUUGUUCCUAUGCUUGCCCUGAUUAUUGGAUUUGAUCCAAAAUCAUCAACCGCCAUAUCAAAAUGUAUGAUCACCGGUGCAGCUGUUGCAACAGUUUUCUAUAACAUAAGGCAGAGGCAUCCCACACUUGAUCUUCCACUUAUUGACUAUGACCUCGCACUUUUGUUUCAACCAAUGUUGGUGCUUGGAAUUAGUAUUGGGGUCGGUUUUAAUGUGAUCUUUGCAGACUGGAUGAUCACCAUUUUCCUAAUUGUUCUUUUCUUAGGCAUGUCAACAAAGUCAUUCUUCAAAGGAAUUGAGACAUGGAAAAAGGAAACCUUGAAGAAGAAAGAGGAAGCUGCAAGACGACUUGAUUUAAAUGGUGAAACUACUAACAUUGAAGUAGAAACCAAAACUCAACUAGAAGGUGCCGCAAAUGGUACUCAAACCGAAAAUAGGGAAUCUAGGAAAUCAAAGGUUUCUCUAAUUCAGAACGUACGUUGGAAGGAACUUGGUGUUCUUGUUGCUGUCUGGGUUAUAAUCCUCGCUUUACAGAUUGCUAAGAAUUACUCAACAACAUGUUCAGUGACAUACUGGCUCCUAAAUUUCUCACAGAUACCGGUAGCAGUCGCAGUAACUUCUUAUGAGGCAGUCAGCCUGUACAAAGGGAGGAGAAGGAUUGCAUCCAAGGGAGAAUCCAGCACACACUGGCAAAUACACAAGCUGGUUAUUUACUCUGCCUUGGGUGUCUUGGCUGGUAUAGUUGGUGGAAUGCUGGGUCUAGGAGGAGGAUUUAUUUUGGGUCCUCUUUUUCUGGAGAUAGGAAUCCCUCCUCAGGUUUCAAGUGCCACAGCUACAUUUGCCAUGACAUUUUCUGCGUCUAUGUCAGUCGUAGAAUAUUACCUUCUGAGACGAUUUCCAGUCCCAUACGCUCUUUACCUUGCUGGCAUGGCUACAAUCGCUGCAUUUGCAGGGCAACAUGUAGUAGGAAAAGUCAUCAAAAUAUUAGGGAGAGCAUCUCUCAUCAUCUUCAUUUUGUCUGGCAUGAUCUUUACAAGUGCCAUUUCGCUAGAACCAAGUUCGAGAUACAAAGUUUUUAGUCACAAUGAGACAGAAGAAAUUGAUUUUAUUAGGAGAGCAUGGAAGCUCCUUGAGCAGGAAGCUCAACAACGUUAUGAGCAUGUCUGGCCAGACAUGAUAUUUGGCUGGAAAAUUGUUGUUGGCACAAUAAUUGGAUUCUUUGGAGCAGCAUUUGGAAGCGUUGGAGGAGUAGGCGGGGGUGGCAUUUAUGUUCCUAUGCUUACCUUGAUUAUUGGGUUUGAUCCAAAAUCAUCAACUGCCAUAUCAAAAUGUAUGAUCACUGGUGCAGCAGUUGCAACAGUAAUCUAUAACAUAAAGCAGAGGCAUCCCACACUUGAUAUUCCACUUAUCGACUAUGACCUCGCGCUUCUGUUUCAACCAAUGUUGGUGCUUGGAAUUAGUAUUGGGGUCGGUUUCAACGUGAUCUUGGCUGACUGGUUGAUCACCAUUUUCCUAAUUGUUCUUUUCUUAGAUUUUGGAAGGAAGUACUUGGUUCUAGACUCUUCCAAAGACAUGCUUGAAGGUCAUAUCCUACAAGGGAGCCAACAGAGCAUAAUCAGACUUAGUCGAGCAAUGGCCAUCUGCAUUGUGUCUCCAAAUCUAUCUAUCACUUUGUCUUUGAUGAAGCUGCACCAUCCCAACUAGCUUUUCCAACUGAUCCUUAGCUUGUAACUCCCAAGAGAGGAAGUUGCACCGCCAUGUCAAUUGCUAGCAUCAUUUUUCAUCUUGCCAAAAUCCCAUUUGAUUUAGGGCAUGUUUGGGUGAGCUUCUAGGAGUUUCAGCUUUUUAAUACUAUUCAUAUUUCAUAAGUUUAAAUUUCUCUCUUAAAAACUUACAUUUUUAAACUUUUUUUUAACCUUAAAAGAACCUCAAACAGUAGAAGUUCAAAAGUUUCAAAUCCAAACUUUUCAUAAACUCUCUUUUUACUCCUUUUUUACUCACUUUUUUCUAUCUCUAAAAGCAACUUUUAAAUUUUUCCUUCAAUAAAAAUUUAAACUUAUC